UUGGGACGUAACAAGUAAUAUAAUUUUUUAAAAUGUAUCCUCCGUAGACCAAGCUGCAAUAUAAAUACCCAUACCGAGCCUAACUUUUUCCACUGCUACCAUUACAAACAAAGCCGUACUGAAGUAUCAUUUCAGUGCUGAAGAAAGAAUAUUAAGGCAGCAACAAAGAAGAUUUUGUGAUCAUAUAAAAUUUUUUGUAUACUUUGUCGAUCUUCAUCAUCACCAACAAGAAGAUAAAAACAGCUACCUGUUUUUUUUUUUUUUUUUUUUUUUUGGAUUUUUGAAGAUGGUGAGGGCUCCUUGUUGUGAGAAAAUGGGAUUGAAGAAAGGGCCAUGGACUCCUGAAGAAGACCAGAUUUUGAUCUCCUACAUUCAGAAAUACGGCCAUGGCAAUUGGAGGGCUCUUCCAAAACAAGCUGGUCUUCUGAGAUGUGGGAAGAGUUGCAGACUUCGUUGGACUAAUUAUCUGAGACCAGACAUCAAAAGGGGAAACUUCAGCCAGGAAGAAGAAGAUACAAUUAUUCAGUUACAUGAAAUGCUUGGUAACAGAUGGUCAGCAAUUGCAUCUAGGCUACCGGGAAGAACAGACAAUGAAAUAAAAAAUGUCUGGCAUACCCACUUGAAGAAAAAGCUUAAAAAUCAUCAUCAAACCCCUCAAGAAUCCAAGAGACGCCUUAAGAAGGGUACUACUGUUGUUGUUGCUGCGGUUGAUGAUGGGAUUAACAAAUCGGAGGUCGAUCAAAAUGACAAUUUUACCCCUGUCACGUCUCCGCAGCAAUCCUCUAGUGAAGUGUCAACUGUGACAGACUCGGCCUCGGACGGUAAUGGCAAUAGUGUCAUUAAACAAGAACACGAACAAGAACAAGACCAAGACCAAGAACAAGUAUCGAUGAAUUUUCUGGAUCAGUAUAUAGCUGAAAUUGAUGAAAGUUUCUGGUCAGAGGAAAUAUCGAUAGAGAAUACGAAUUUCGGCCAGGAAGAAAGCGAUAAAUUUCAGCAAAAUGGUGGAAUGAUGAUGACAGCAAAUGAUACUAAGGAAGUGUUAAUGCAAUUCCCAUGUUCUAAUAUGGCUGCUGCCAACAAUGAGGAUGUGGAUGGUUACACAACAAAAUUGGAUGAUGGGAUGGAUUUUUGGUAUGACAUAUUCAUUAGAGCUGAUGAUUUACCAGAAUUGCCAGAGUUUUGAUCCUCAAUUGGAUGGAAGGGCUAAUUUGGUGUUUGGACGACUUUUGGGUUUUUGUAUAUCAAUUUAGGUUGAAAAUUAGUUUUCUUUUUUUUUUUUUAUUAUUUCCUCUUUUUCUUUUAGGUUUCUUUUGGAGGAAUUAGACAUAUAGAUGGCGUUUUUGACCGUUAACAUUAAGAAUAGGGGGAGUGGGGGCAGCAUUGUUGUGCAAAGUCUCCAAAUGAUAGGAUUUUUUGGUCAAUUAGGAUGAGCUUAUUAUUAUUGAGCCAACAUAGUCCAUAAACAAGUUUACUUUGGGGAAAGUUAAACAUUAAAGUUCGAAGAUGGUCCACUAUUAUUUAAUAUUUCUAUGACACGACGUUUUAUUACUAA